AUGACACUUACUGAAUCCAACAAACCUGAGACUGUCGACGUCGUCGUCGUCGGUGCCGGCCUCUCCGGGCUUCGCGCCGCAGUCAAAAUUCAUGAAGCCGGUCACUCUGUCGUCGUUCUCGAAGCUGGUGAGAGGGUCGGAGGCAAGACGCUGAGCGUUGAGGCUUCACACUUGGGAGGUAAAGUUGAUCUCGGUGCUGCUUGGUUGAAUGACACCAACCAGAGCGAGAUGUAUAAACUUGCCAAUGAAUUUGGUUUUGAUUUGAUCAAGCAGCGAGCCACCGGGUUUAAUCUUCACGAGGAAACAGACGGCAAAGUUGUCAAGUUACCGCACGGUAUUUUGCCUCUACCUUCGGGUGCAGCUGAGGUUGUCGAAGAGUUUCUCGAGACACUGAACAAAUGGGUUGACGAGAUCGACCCGGAGAACCCUUCUAGCCACCCUGAAGCGAAAAUGCUGGACUCGUUGACUUUUGGCCAGCUGGGCUCCAAGUAUCUUGGGCCUGAACUUGGUCCAGCAGUCGCUGAUUCUGCUACAAGUGGUCUCCUAGGUGUAGGGCCUGAUGAAGUCAGCGCGCUGUACAUGGUGGACUAUUUCCGCGCCGGUACAGGCUUGGAUAACAUGGCCUCUGACAAGAAGGAUGGAGGACAGUAUCUGCGCAACAGACAAGGAAACCAGACGUUUUCGAUCCGUUUGGCUGCCAAGCUGCCAAAGAAAGCUGUAAGACUUCGCUGCCCUGUCAAAAAGAUUAGACAAGGCUCGACUGGCGCCAUCGUCGAAACAGCCGACCCGAGACAUAACUUCUGGGCAAAGAGGGUCGUUAUUUCAGUGCCGACAUGUCUCUACUCAACCAUCGCAUUUGAUCCACCCCUGCCACCAAGUAAGCAGACGCUGAGCGACAGCACUGCCUUGGGCUACUAUUCCAAGUCUAUCUUCGUCUUUGAGAAGCCAUGGUGGCGUGAAGCCGGUCUAAGCGGCAUCAUUGAGAGCGAGACUGGGCCUAUUGUCUUCUCAAGAGACACAUGCUCAGAAGAGGAUGGGCAGUAUAGCAUCACUUGCUUUGUCGUCGGCGAUAGAGGCAGGGAGUGGUCCAAGUGGUCAUCCGCAGAGCGGAAGAGGAUCGUCUCGAACCAGUUCAAGCGUAUCUUUAGCGCGGUGGGCAUCAAAGCGCCAGAACCCGUUAAUAUUAUCGUUCAAGAAUGGACCAAACAGCCUUUUAUCUGGGGUGCGCCAUCACCAGUCAUGAUGCCGGGAAUCUUGACAGACGAUAGUGGGAAAGCCUUGCGUGAAGCUUAUGGGAGAGUUCACUUUGUAGGUACUGAGACAUCGUUGGUCUGGAAAGGUUAUAUGGAAGGCGCUGUUCGAUCUGGUGUUCGAGGUGCCGAGGAGGUGAUCCAAGCCUUUGAGGAAGAGUAG